AUGCAAAGCCGACUUCUCCGUCGACUAUGUUACCGCUCAUACUCGACCGCAAAACUUUCGAAAAGCUCCGGGCAGCAGAAAUUACUCAACGCUGAACACCACCAUGGUCAGAACGAAGACAAGGAAGUUCAGGACAUGAUGGACUUUACGUCCGACAUGAUAAGUGUUGCCUCUGGAAGCCAUACUCAUGGAGCUGCCUGGGCACAUACGAAAUCGCGUCGGGGGGACGAGCAGAGGUUGGUUGCGUCUCUACGUUUUGCAGAGGACGCGUCAGUGGUGCCGCCGUCGCCGACACUUGAAAAGGUCUCUGACCCUUUGGGUGAGAUCACCUACAACUUCACUCACUCUCCUGCCAACAAGUACCGACCUGAGAGCAACACGCACAUCGAGGAACAACGCGCAAAGCUGUCCGCCCGAGUUACGAAGCGCCCGAUAUCUCUGGAAAAGGCUCGAUACCAUGCAGACGAAGAGCUUUUCGCAGAGGACGCGGACCCGUCGACUUCGACUAUAUUCACGCCGGGAUCAUUCAUAGAGACCAGAAGAAACGAGGUCUCCACCCACGGCAUCGUCUUGGGUGAAAUGCUAAGUAAUAGAAGGUGGCGCAUUGUCAUGCUCGUGAGCUCGGGCGACGUUUGGACGCCGUUGCGCGACGACGUGAUGUUUGCUGUGGCAGACUUCGUGCCAAAUGAUCUGAUUUCCCGCUGCGGAGGAAAAGAGGUUGCUGGGAACGACUCAGAGCUUAUGGCACGUGUGAAGGUUCUGCAGCGGCUACAUCAGGUCGACAAGGCAGUGGAAGAUGCGUACAACAAAAUUCAACGGGCAGCGCGCAGCCUAUACAGCCGGACAAGGUCGUCCGAUCCCCAUGCUUGGUCGACUGUCGACCUCGCGGACGCUGCAAAAAUUAUCUCCCCGAACCCUGACCUCGUCCACACCUUCGCGGUACAUAAGUUCCUGAUGAAACAAAGUUUGCAAUAUGUCGCCGAUCCCGACUACCGCGUCGCUCGAACAUUCCAUGUGCGGCCUCAAGCGCACGUCGAUAUUAUCAACGCUGUGACAGCCAUGACACGCCAAGGGGAUGCGCCGAGUAAUCCCUUAGUGGAAUUCGUGGCGAAGGCUCGUGAACUUAUCGCUCGCCACCAGCAGAUCCGACAAAGUACUCGUGACGAGUCACCUUCUAUAGUGCCGACCAAGGUGAAAUGGACGCCAGUGGAAAGGCAAAUCCUCACGUUCUUGCUGCACUCCCUUCGGCCCAAACGUAGCACACAGAUUGAUCCUUACCACGUUGGGACUUUCGCGAUUCUCAAACGGCUCCAUACAAAUAUUCAAGAGAUACACGAGUCUGUUGUUCAUCAAACGCUCGUAGAUCUGGGUGUCAUUGCACCAUGGCAGGACGCUGCUUCUCUCGUCGGCAAAGUGGACCAGCCGCCCAAAAAGCAGAAGCUGCUCGAGAUACAGGAGAAGGCUAUCAUCGACAAAGCUUUCUCUUCUCCUUCUCUCCGGCAAACUGCCUCUGUCCCGGUACCCCUUGGACCUGAAGACUUCCACCUUCAAGAUCCUCUUCACUCUAUUCGUCACGAUUUCGGGGAUUUGCCGGUAUUCGUAAUCGACGAUGUGACCGCUGAGGAACUGGACGAUGGAAUUUCUGUCGAGAGUAUCCCAUCUGAGCCUGGGAGCCACUGGGUACACGUCCACAUCGCCGACCCAGCCUCUCUUCUUCCAGUCAAACAUGUCUUCUCCGAGGCGGCCAAAAAACUGGGGUCGAGCUUGUAUAUGAUCAAUGCCCCGCAAUCCAUGCUUCCCCGUGCUUUGAUGAGCCAUGGUCUUUCUUUGGGCUCCGCUUUGCAACGCGGAGAACCACAGCGAGUCCUGUCAUUCAGUGGGAAGAUUGAUGCCGACGGAGACAUCGUGGACUACAAGGUCCGCGCAGGGAUUGUCAAUAACGUGAAAAUCGUUGAUUACGACUCCGUGAAUGCGGCCUUAUCCCUUCCUACAACCCAGCGUCAAACUCCCUUCGAGAGACAAGGCACUUCCCUGCCCCGUCCACAUCGUUCCCUUGCUGCCGGGGAUGCGACACAACUCAUGCUCUGCAAUGACGUUGUACAGAGACUUGUGACGCGACGCCGAAGAGAGGCUUCUUUCAUCGUAUCAACGAUGGGGUCCGAGAUAUGUCUGCGCCAGCACGGCGCACCAGAGACACCCAUCCACCUCAAGCAUGUCGCUGUGUUCCGCGGAUUUCCCGACCUUCGGUAUACGGUCUUUGACCCAGCGUCCGAAGAUACCGGCUCACGACAGAUGGUCGCAGAGAUGAUGAAGGUCGCUUGUAGGGUAGCAUCUAGAUUUAGUCAAGACCGCGGUCUGCCCCUUCUGCGCAGAAUCGCGCCCCCAGCAACUCUCCCCAACCCUUCUGACCUUCAAGAUUUCCUCAAACUGCGCACCCACAACGGACACGUACCGUUCGUCGAAGUGCUGAAGAAAGGUGUUGUGCUUGGGAACGCCUCAUACUCUGUUGAACCACUUGGUCACUGGGGGAUCGGUGUUCCCGAUGGCGAAGGGUACUGUAGGGUGACAUCUCCUUUGCGCCGCUAUUCAGAUCUGGUCGCACAUUGGCAAAUCCACUCCGCGCUAUUGGCCACUUCGCCCACCUUCUCUACGGAUUGGUUGAAGGACUAUGGAGAUGCUUUGGUUUGGCACGACCGGGCACGCAAGAAGCAACAACAGCUUCACGACGAUUUCUGGAAGUACUUGUAUAUCCGUCAUCAAAUCGAGAGCCAGAGCCCAGAAGCUCGUGCAGUACUCGGUAAUCUUACUGGUGAAGUCAUCUCUAACGGCGCGUUGAACACCAUGUCAAUGCAUUUCCAAUGUCAAGUCGCCAUCCCGAAGCUCGGUAUAUCGGCAGGUUUGCGCAAUAUGGAGGAGGAUAAAGUCCCUAAGAUUGGUUCGAUCGUUCCGAUCAGAGUAGAGGAAAUAAAGCUGGGUAGCACUCCUCAACUGGAUUUUGGACUUAUCUCAUGA